AAUUCACAUAUUUACCUCUUGGGUAAAUAACUUUGAAAUAUGCUUUAAUUUUAUUUACAUGGUCUGGUUUUGUUUCUUCAGCAGGAACUCACUCUGCAGUAGAGUUGGCAGGUCAUUUGUUUUUCUGAGAGCUUUUGAACCAAUCAGGACACAGAUAAUCUCAUUAUACCUCUAUGGGCUUGUGUUUCUUUUGAUGAGAGUCUGGAGAAGUCAUGGGUAAUACAUUAUCCUGUGCCAGGCACCACUAGUGUUUCGGUUGUACAAGGUCAGAUCUUAAUUUAACCACUAACUGGAUAUUUAAUUUUAGAUACACAGAGCAACACAUUGGCUCCAGGGCAUUUCCUCUGCUUUAGGAAGGCAAGUCCCUGGAUAAGAAUGACAAGAUGAUCAUUCCAAAAGGAUAAAUCCUGAUGACUCUCUCAGGGACUUUCAGCGGAUGAGCAGACCAGUCAAGAAGCACAGCACUGUCAAGGUAAAUGAUUCCUCUGAGCAUGAAGGUCCUGCAUUCCAUACAACAGAAACUCACACUCCCUGCAGAAACCUAGAAUGUGGUGCAGGCUGUACUUGGAUAAAAUUAUGAAAAAAGCCAAAUUUUACUGCACUGUUAUUUUCUUGCUCCUUUUUUUUUUUUUAUCAGGUCCAACUAGGUCUCAGUCCUGGUCCUUCUGCCAUCCUCCCAGACCCUUGACACUUUCAGUAACUCUUCCAAGAAACCGUGGCUCUACACUGGAAUCAGUAUGUCACCAAUGAAAAGACAACCUUUCACCCAGGCAGUAGGCAUCAUUGACCUGACAGGUAUGGAUACUAAUUAUGACCUUGAUGAAGACCAUCUUACAAGUUAUGAUAUUCAGCUCAGUAUCGAAGAAUCUAUUGAAGCUAGUCAGGCCGCAUUUCACCUUGAAAGAUGUGUACCACUAAGUGAUCAAAACAGAAAGCUCGUAGAGGCCAUAAGACAAGGCCACAUUCUUGAGCUCCAGGAGUAUGUGAAAUAUAAAUACGCUCUGGAUGAAGCGGAUGAAGCAGGAUGGUUUCCAUUGCAUGAAGCUGUUGUCCAACCCGUUCAACAAAUACUUGAGAUUGUUCUGGAUGCUUCUUACCAGACACUCUGGGAAUUCAAGACUUGUGAUGGAGAAACACCCUUGACUUUGGCAGUCAAAGCUGGUCUGGUGGAAAAUGUAAAGACUCUACUAGAAAAGGGGGUAUGGCCCAACACCAAAAAUGAUAAAGGAGAGACUCCUCUUCUGAUAGCUGUGAAAAAGGGCUCGUAUGACAUGGUUUCUGCUCUGAUUAAGUACAACACCAGCCUUGACCAACCCUGUGUCAAGCGAUGGUCAGCAAUGCAUGAAGCAGCUAAGCAAGGCCGGAAAGAUAUCAUAGCUCUACUCCUAAAGCAUGGAGGCAACGUCCACCUGAGAGACAGGUUUGGAGUCACACCACUGGGUGUUGCUGCUGAGUCCGGUCACUGCGACGUGUUAGAACACCUAAUUCACAAAGGUGGAGAUGUGUUUGCUUUGGCGGAUGAUGGGGCGUCAGUGUUGUUCGAGGCAGCAGGAGGUGGUAAUCCUGACUGCAUUUCUCUCCUGCUGGAAUAUGGAGGAAGUGGAAACGUGCCCAACAGAGCAGGGCAUCUGCCUAUACACCGGGCUGCCUACGAGGGGCAUUAUCUUGCUUUGAAAUAUCUUAUCCCAGUAACAUCCAAGAACGCAAUCCGGAAAAGUGGGCUAUCACCAGUUCACUCAGCAGCUGAUGGACAGAACACACAGUGCCUACAACUGCUCAUCGACAACGGUUUUGAUGUCAACAUGCUACUUGCUGACCACAUCUCCCAGAGUUAUGAUGAUGAGAGGAAGACAGCACUGUACUUUGCCAUUUCCAACAAUGAUAUUCACUGUACAGAAGUUCUUCUGGCUGCAGGUGCAGACCCCAACCUUGACCCCCUCAAUUGUCUACUUGUGGCAGUAAGGGCCAAUAAUCAUGAAAUUGUCAGGUUGCUCCUCUCCCACGGAGCUAAUGUCAACUGUUACUUUAUGCACGUAAAUGACACACGUUUCCCCAGUGUCAUUCAAUAUGCCCUACAUGAUGAGGUCAUGAUGCGGCUGUUGCUGAAUAAUGGCUACCAAGUGGAGAUGUGCUUUGACUGCAUGCACGGAAACAUCUACGGCAAUUCAUUUGUGUGGACAGACAUAGAGGAGGAGAUACUACCUGGAUGGACAUCUUGUAUAAUAAAAGAUACCUCAUUCUGUGAGUUUAUUACAGUUCCUUGGAUGAAGCAUCGGGUAGGCAGCAUUGUCCGAAUUCUAAUGGAUUACAUGGAUUACAUCCCUCUGUGUGCUAAACUGAAGUCCGUCCUGGAAGUGCAAAGAGAGUGGCCAGAAAUCCGCCAAAUACUGGAGAACCCUUGUUCAUUAAAGCAUUUAUGUCGUUUAAAAAUCCGAAGACUCAUGGGCCUCCAACGACUAGGCCAGCCAGCCUCCAUGGAGAAGCUUCUGCUACCAACAGCUAUUCAACGAUACAUAUUGUUUAAGGAAUAUGAUCUGUAUGGACAAGAGUUAAAAUUGCCCUAGCGUAAAAAUAAUAUUUUAAAAUGUGGUUCUCAAAAGGAUUUUAAGUGAUUCCUUCAGAGAUUUAUUGGAAUUAUUGAGCAUCACUAAAUAUAUUCAGAUCUGCUGACAGUGUUAGGUUUUUUUAUGUCCCUACAGAAGACACGAACAACUUUCAAAACUUGUGCAUUUUUAAAAGAUAGCCAAUAUUUUCUAUUUAAUUUCUAUUGACUAUCUCUAAGUCUUCAAAUUCUCCCUAUCAAACCCUCCUACAAUAUCUAUGAUGGAGUCUUUAUGUUUAAAAAGCAAAUAAGCAACUUUCUCAAACCCAUAUCUCCAGGCUGUGACUGGUCCAUUUCUCCUUUCUUUAAUGGCCUUAGUGUGGAAAAGAGCUACUUCCGCCUUACAGGUGAAGAGCGUGUUAUUUAGCAUAGGCUGCCUCCACUGCCCUUCUCAAACUGCCCUAACCCAGCAAUCUUCCUAAUCCCUAAAAGUAAUGUAUACAUUUCUGUCCCUCUUUCUAUGAAUUUCAGUGGCAUCUGAUACCAUUGACUCUCUGUCCUAGAAGUGGUACCUCUUUCCUCGGUUUUCACUGUACUGAUCCUUGUUCUCUCAUCUCUUCUCCUACCUCCUUGCCGCCUCUGUCUCUGGCUUCUUCCAAUGUUACUCAUCUCCUGCCAGUCCUUCAGUAAUAUAUCUUCUCUGGGAAAUUUCACCUACUUGCAUAGUUAUAGUCAUUUUGCUGGUGGCUAUGAAGUUUACACCCCAACCUCAACUCUUUCUCCCCUGUGCUUGAGAAUGACAUAGACAAUGCGCUAGUAAGAGUCUUGAACGCAAAGAUCUUAAAUUCCACAAGUCCUCAGAUAAACUCAUCACCUUUCCCCACAGAAAGUCUCUUUCUCUUACAUCAUGUACUUCAGCAGUUAUCACAAUACUCAACUCAAUUUCCAAAGGAAAAACCCUGGGCAUCAACUUGGAACACCCCAUUUCUUUCCCUAUUAGAAACUCUCUCUCUCUCUCUCUCUCUC